GUCACUUCAAACGCAUGGCAUUACGUCAUGCCAGAACGGUGGUAAAGCCCCGGCUACUACACCAGUUUAAAAGCGGCAUGUCUCUCAGACAUCCACAGUGUGAGCUGUUGUUAAUUUGCUGCUUAGUGAAGUUGUUCAAAUGCAACUUCAGAUUGCAGCAAUAAUUAAUCUUAAAUAAUUAUGCGAUAAUUCUAAUUAACAGCCUAUGCCGAGGUGUUUCUACUAAUUAUUAACAAUGACUGUGCAUUUAAUUGUCAAUAUUCAUUAACCAAAAGGAACGUGCUUUUAUUGGUGCAUGAAAAAUGCACAUCAUCUUCUUAUUGUUUUCUACUUUCGGCUUAUUAAUAACAGGUGCUUCUCCAAGUUUGACCUCUGCAGAAGAUACACGGGAUUUCUGUUUCUGGAUUAAAGUCACGUUGAACGGCGAGACACACGUAAACUUCCUCCGGCAUGCCACCGAUCCCUAUUCCGCCUCCACAUCACUUAAUCUAUACCACAGUGUGUGGUCAGUGGAAAAUACAUUGCUAAACUGCGUUGUGAGCGAGGACACAGCCGUUACAGACAACUACGAGUUUUUGUGUCGGGAGAAGGGCAUCACCGGAGACUUCUCUGGCAGUCACGGGAAACGGUUUGAUUUCAGUCUGCUGUUUGGGCCGGAAACACCGUGCGCUUACCUUAGUUCUCCAAUCGUCAUCAAACGUCCAGCCAGUGGAGUAGCAUACGAGAAACCCAAAGAGACAAAUAGUAAUAGGAGGCAGGGACGGAGUGUUGCUGAGGAAUUUGUCAGGUCAUCAGCGAUUCAAAAUCACAAUCGUGGGGACAGUUCUAAGAUGUUGACGCACGCACACAGGCGCGUAAAAAGAGGUUUCAUCGUCCCCGGUACGCUUUGGUGCGGUGCAGGAAAUAAAGCAGAGACGUAUGAUGAUUUAGGUGUGUUUGAGCAGACAGACAGCUGCUGCAGGGAGCACGACCAUUGUCAGGAUACCAUCCUGUCGUUUGAAGCCAACUAUGGAAUCUUCAACAAAAACAUCUUUACCCUGUCCCACUGUGACUGUGACAGCAGGUUUCGUGCGUGUCUACUGGGGGCAGAGGAGCGUAUUUCGGACGUCGUGGGAUACACCUUUUUCAACCUGCUACAGAUGUCCUGCUUCGAGUUCUCCCAAAGACUACAGUGCUCUCAGAGGAGCUGGUUUGGCAUGUGUCAAGAGUACGCCAUGUCUUUGUACGCUGAGGUACAUCCGGCCACCCCCUACAACUCCACCCAACUGGAAUCUGAUCUACACCCGGAGGACCAGCAAGUUGACCACACAACCCGUGCCAUCUCCACCCCCACCUCCUCCGAUACCUCCACCUCUCCAUUCCCCUCCUCCUCUCCCUCCAUCUUACCCUCCCCCACCACCACUCAGUCCCCCACCACCACUCAGUCCCCCACCACCACUCAGUCCCCCACCACCACUCAGUCCCCCACCACCUCUCAGUCCCCCACCACCACUCAGUCCCCCACCACCUCUCAGUCCCCCACCACCACUCAGUCCCCCACCACCUCUCAGUCCCCCACCACCACUCAGUCCCCCACCCAUUCCCCCUCCGUCAAUCCGUCCAGUGCUCGCCCAGCAGACCUCACCGCGGGGGGUCGGAGGUCAACAUCAGCCACUGGCUCCCCUGUCGCCCACCCUGUCUCUGGGGAGGCCCGUCCAUUCGCUCUUACCUCCGCCACGACGGGCUCCGCCUCGCCCAACUCUACCACUGGCACCAUCGCUGCUACAGGUGCCCAGGGUAGCAUCUCAACACCAGUCACAUUAAGCUCGGCCUCGCGCCCGGGAUUAGCGUCACCGGCUAAACCCACCCAACCCAAUGAGGCCACUCAGCCUCAGUCUGAGCAGGACAAAGCCACCACAGGGGGCCAGAGUGUGCAUGUGUGCAAUGUGUACAGAGACCUGGAUGACUGCCCAUUUAAGAUCCCCCCUCAUCAGAAGAGAUACGGUCUGUUCAACCCAGAACCCAGGAGCCUCUACCACUGCACCUGUAUCAGCAGAUUGUUUGACGGUCUAGUUCAGCAGAAGCCUUUGUCUAGGAUCCUGCUGGAGUACGUCUCUCCAUCCUGUUUCACAUUACAACCACAGGACUGUACACAACGGACUACAAGCUGUUCAGCUGCUCUGGUCCAACCCUCUCCUACCCAGCUGGAGAGGCUGCAGAGGACUGGUGAAGACCUUGGGCGGAACAGCAGGGGGCCCAUAUCUAGACGAGCCAAACGUAAAUACCACUUGGUCCGACUACACAAGCUGUGCCUGAGGAUGACACAACCCAAUGUACACAAGACCAGGAAGCACAAAAAGUGUAGGGGGUGCAGCCCUAAUGUCAUGUAAUGUUCCCUGAUUUGAUAAGGCAUUCCCUUUCCUCAUAUAUAGAAAUAUGACUACUAACAAACAGUUCUGAUACAAGUUGUAAAUAGUUGUUGUAUUGGGGCUUCCUGCUGUAAAUAUGUAAGUUGAAUGUACAUAGUGUAAGAUUAUUGUUUUUUACCCACUGUCUUUGCUCAACAUUCGCCCAAUAUUUUGUCUGUAAAUAAAUUGAUGCCAUAUCAUUGUCAA